UUGCGCAUGGUCUGGGACUGACCAUUCCAAAGCCUGUCAUAAGAAACAAGGAGGAUCACAGGGUGUGUGAGGAUGUCGUGCGGGUUGUACAAAAUGACCUGGUCCUUGAGGACUUAGAUACGGAGCCCCUGGUUCAGUCUUCACAGUUGGUCACUUCGCAAGAGAUGCAGCGAAUGGAACCGGAACCAGUGGACACUUCGAAUGUUCGCUCGUCAGCAGCAGAGCCAAGAACGCAGCAUGAAAAUGCCGAAACGCAAACCGGACGAUGGACACCUUUCGUUGAGGGCAUCAGGAAAGAGGCAGAGGAGAGUGCCAUGGCGACACUGGAGGAAAGGCUGCGGCAGGAGCGUCUGGAGAUGCUGAGGAUGGUCGAGGAUGUGGCCAGACAGACGGCCGUGUUAGCUAUCAGAGAGCUGGCUAGAGGCACAAUAACCGUACACACCACCGUCCUGGAGAUGGAGGCAGAGGCAGAAGGCAAAGACGUGUUACUUUCUCUGCAGGAGGAAGAGAAUGAAGUCGAAAUCUUACAGAGUAAAAGUCCUGAAUGUCAGAAAAUAUCUCCAGUUGAGAAGUUUGUCCUGGAGGUUGAAGAGGUAGAAGAGAUUGUAGAAAAUCCAGCAAGAACAGAAGACCCAGAGAAGGCAGCAGCUGCAGCAGAUGAACCACAACAGGUGGCAGAAAAUCCAGAAGGUGUAGAGGAGGGCCCAGAAGGGGAAAUAGAGGAUCCAGAAGAGGAAACAGUUGAUCCAGAAGAGGUUGCAGAAGGCCCUCCAAUAGACACCCCUGUAGAAGAAUCUGAGUUCCGAUCCCCUCCUCCAGAAGCAGAGCCCGAACCCAAGACCGCCUCAAGGCCUGAAUCCACUUCUCCCAGACCAGCCAGAGCAGAAGCCUCUCCAGCCGAGGACAUAGAGGAAUCAGAGUCUGAGGAAUCAGAGUCUGAGGACUCUGAGGACUCUGAGGACUCAUCAGUGGCUGAAUCAGAAGCAGCUCCAAUUACCCAGAAGCCUCGGGCCACUGACAGUGCUGGAGUGUCCCACACCAUUGCUGAGACAAUAAAUGAGGAGGCAUCUGGUGGGCACUCCUGGUGUGAUGCACUGAGAGCCUGCUUCAUGCACAUUCCUGGUAUGCCUGUGUGCCUCGAUUGCUUCGACCAGCUGCUGAAAGAGAACCACAUCACCCUGCCUAGAGUGCCCCUUAUGCCCAAGCUCUCCCCGUACCAGCUCACCCAGCAGCUGCCCUCCUUACCCACGUGGUUCAGCCAACUGCCUGAGGGGCUCGCCCAUAUUCCCCAGCAUAUCUCCGAGCGCAUUCGCAAAUUCCCCCAGCUUUUCCCUUCCCUCCCCCAAAAACGUCCCACUUUUUCCCACCACUUUUCCGUCUUCGGCCAACAACUUCCCAGUUUUACUUCACCGCUGUCCGGCAUUUUAGUACAACUAUCCAACAUUCCGCAGCACCUGACCAACCUUCCGCAACACCUUUCCAGCAUUCCUCAGCACCUGUCCGACGUUCCGCAACGUCUGUCGAGUGUUAGGCAGUGUGCUGGACGGUGUUCCGCUGCCCUCCAGAUGUCUAAGUUCCAGCCCCAGCAGCAGCCCCAGCAGAGGGACCUGGAGCUGGCUCACCUGGUCCGCCAGUCCCCCAUGCACACCCCGCGCACCUUCACCCCUUCACCCCCUGGCUCCACCCUGGACCUGCCCAAUGUGCCUUCAUACCCACACCUGCCCCCCCUCAGCCCCACCCAUCAGUCUGGCCUCUCCAACCCCGCCUUUCACGUCGAGGACGAGUCCAAUUCUGCUAGGCAUUCAGCUGGCUCCAGGCUAAGCAGUCAUCCAGCUGUAAACGUGGAGGAUAUGGAUUCAGACACUGAGCAGCAAGGUGCAACAUCCCAUCACAUGCCCCAGAUCUUCACCCCACAGGACCCCAACCUUAAGACCCUCACCGUGCCUGGAGUCCCAAAAGCAAGCCGACCCAGAAAGAAGCUGUACUCAUCUGGAGAUGAGGAAGAGGAGGAACUGGAGACCACAGUGUACGCCUGGCCAAGCCAGAGUAGCAUCACGAGUGGCGAUGAAGGUGGGAAGGAGCGUCCAGCAUCUGUGUCCAGUCAGGCCAGCAUGGUGGUGAAUGAGCGUCUUCAGGAACUGGUCAAGCUUUUCAAAGAGAGGACAGAGCGCGUGAAGGAGAAGCUCAUUGACCCUGAUGACUCAGAUGACGACACGCCAUCUGGCACCUCUGUAAAAACAGCCCCAGUGCCUCCUCCUGAGCCUGUGGAGGAGCCAAAGGUGGAGGAGGAGACACAGGAUGCUCCCACUGAGGAGGAUGUGUCCAAGGAGCAGUAUAUGAGGGUGCUGUGCUUUAAGGUGAAGCCUCAGUCCAGGAUCGGGCGCUUGCUUCAGUACCGCUUCCCAGCCAGCAUCGAUCCCUUCACCAAUCUGGUGUAUGUGCUGUGGCUCUUCUUCGUCACUCUGGCCUGGAACUGGAACUUGUGGAUGAUCCCGGUCCGCUGGGCCUUCCCCUUUCAGACCCCGGACAACAUCCACCUGUGGCUGCUGGCUGACUACCUGUGUGACACCAUCUACAUCCUGGACAUCCUGGUAUUCCAGCCUCGCCUGCAGUUCAUCCGUGGUGGAGACAUAGUGAGUGACAAAAAGGAAAUGAGAGAAAAUUACAUGAAAGCCCUGCGAUUUAAGCUGGACAUUGCCAGUCUCAUCCCCCUGGAGUUGUUCUACCUCAGAGUAGGGAUCAACCCCCUCCUCCGCUGGCCACGGUUACUGAAGAUCUUGUCUUUCUUUGAGUUCAAUGUUCGCCUGGAGGCCAUUUUGAACAAAGCCUAUGUGUACAGAGUCAUCCGGACCACCACCUACCUACUCUAUUCCCUUCACUGCAAUGCCUGUCUCUAUUACUGGGUUUCUGCCUACCAAGGACUAGGCUCUACACACUGGGUAUACGACGGCAAGGGCACUGCUUACAUACGUUGCUACUACUUCGCCGUGAAGACUCUGAUCACUAUUGGUGGACUGCCGGACCCGACCAAUCUCUCUGAAAUCGUCUUUCAGCUCAUUAACUACUUUAUCGGGGUAUUUGCCUUCUCCAUCAUGAUUGGUCAGAUGAGAGACGUGGUGGGGGCGGCCACGGCAGAUCAGACGCACUACCGCUCGCGCAUGGACAGCACGGUGAAGUACAUGAGCUCCAACCGCAUCCCCAGAGACGUGCAGAACCGUGUGAAAACCUGGUACAACUACACAUGGCAGUCUCAGGGCAUGCUGGAUGAACAGGAGUUGCUAGUACAGUUGCCAGACAAGAUGAGACUGGAUAUAGCGGUGGAUGUGAACUACUCUAUUGUCAGCAAAGUGCCCCUCUUUGAGGGGUGUGACAGACAGAUGAUCUAUGACAUGUUGAAAAGGCUCAGGUCAGUCGUGUACCUUCCUGGGGACUACGUCUGCAAAAAGGAUGAGGUAGGCCGAGAGAUGUACAUCAUCAAGUCAGGGGAGGUUCAAGUGGUUGGCGGUCCGGACGGAAAGACUGUAUUUGUGACUCUGAAAGCAGGAUCAGUGUUUGGCGAAAUCAGCCUGUUGGCAGUGGGAGGGGGAAACCGACGGACAGCCAACGUCAUAGCGCAUGGCUUCGCCAAUCUCUUCAUCCUGGACAAGAAGGACCUUAACGAAAUCCUGGUGCACUAUCCGGAGUCUCAGAAACUGCUCCGCAAGAAGGCAAAGAAGAUGCUGGCAGAUAAGAAGCCGGCAAAACAACAGGAGGAAAGAAAGGAGCCAGUGCCUGUGAUUUGGCCCCGUGCUGAGACCCCCAAACUCUUCAAAGCAGCGCUGGAGAUGACUGAGAAAUCGGGCCUCCGAGGCACACUGGCCAAGCUGAAGGAGAAGACCAAUAAGUCCAGCAUCUCCCUACAGCCGUCUGGCUGUUCGUCUGUGCUGCCUGCCUCCCCACUCCAUGGGCAGUGCUUGGAAAAAGAAGCUGAUGUUCUCUCCCAGAUCUCAGACAGCUCCAUGCAGGGAGCGGUCGCCAGCCCCUCCUACCUUGGAAACGGCCCUCCUCUGGACGAGCGGGAAAUUGUGGGAGGGGACAAGAUGGAGGACUGACCUAGAAACAGAACUCAGUGUGAAUGAGCUCUGCCUUUCACUGUGAAUUUGUCUGUUGACUACCGCUCAGUCCACAAGUGCAUACUGAGAGUGUGGAGGGUCAGUUUGACUGUUUCCUCAUCUUCCUCACCUUGUUUGAAGGGAGACAGGAGAUAAUCUGGAUGGACUAUCAUGUAAAACCAAGUUCACUGUGCACAUGUUUGCUUUUUCUGAGUUCUCACCUGAGUCAGCAAAAGAAGGAACUGGUAAUUGUUAUCCUAUGAGUUGAUAUUGGUGUGUUUGAUUAGGAAAAGCACAAAAAUGUGCAGGACAGACUGGAAGUACUGGUAUAUAACUAGCACUAACUCAGAGUAGCACUGGUACUGUUGUAGGAAAGCAUUCUCAGUCAUACCACUAACUCCUGCAGGGAUCAUGUGAGUACCCUCUGGGCAGGCCAGGGUCAAGAGACUUCUGUUGUGAUUCAUUUAAUGAUGAUACCAUGUCCCUACGUAUUAUCAUAUGUGGUGAUGGUAUUUCUAAAUACUUCCAAACACUGCAAUAAAUCUUUAUUCAAA